GGCAGCGGUGAGGAGGGGGAGGAGGAGUCGCCUUGUCUUCACGGAUGUGUUGGUCCUCUCACGGAGGUGUGUACGUGUGUGUGUGUGUGUGUGUCUGUUCGGUCAGAGCGGAGAAGACACCUUGCCACCUUCUGAUGCGAGCGUGCAGCCAUGUCAGCAGCGGCUGAGAUCCCACUGUAAUCUUUUACAUUUAAACGCACCGUGAAGGAAUAAAGCGAUGGGGGGACAGAUGACGCGAAAUGCCUUGUACGACUCCCUGGGCGGCCCGUUCCCGUCCACGUCACACCGAUGCCACCACAAACCCAAGAGGUGCCUGCCCAUCCAGUGUGGCAGUGUCGGUGGGCCACUUCCCAUCAGCCCACUUCUAUUCCAUCCAAACGCCAGGGGUUCCCAAAUUGUCAUGGACGUUGCCCAAAAAUCAGUAAAGAGGCAGGCUAGUUUCUGCAACGCCAUCACCUUCAGCAACAGGCCCAUAGCACUGUAUGAGCAAGUCCGCCUCAAGAUUACUAAAAAGCAGUGUUGCUGGAGCGGGGCUCUGCGCCUGGGCUUCACCUCCAAAGACCCGUCGAGGAUAAACCCAGACAACCUGCCGAAGUAUGCCUGCCCCGAUCUGGUUUCCCAGAGUGGCUUCUGGGCUAAGGCCCUGCCUGAGGAGUUUGCCAACGAGGGCAGCGUUAUCGCCUUCUGGGUCGACAAGAAGGGAAGAGUCUUCUACCGCAUAAAUGAGUCCAGUCCCAUGCUGUUUUUCAGCGGAGUGCGCACGGCCGACCCACUGUGGGCCCUGAUCGAUGUGUAUGGUCUGACCCGUGGAGUGCAGCUGCUAGGCAGUGAGAUUGUUCCGCCUGACUGCCUGCGUCCACGCUCCUUCACCACGGUGCGCUCCUCCUCUCUGCGACGCGAAGCGGAUGACUCCCGCCUGUCCAUCAGCCUGUGUGACCUCAACCUGCAGCAGGAAGACAGAGGCAACGCUCACAAUCACGCCCACCGCCACACACUCCACCUGGCCUCCGCCUCCUCCUCCUCCACUUGCCCUAUUCCCCAGAACUCUCUCAAUACCCACCAGUCAUCUCUGCUGCCCUCUGCCCUAGAGAGUGACCUCCACUUCCACCAGCUGCGCGGUGCUCACAUCAAGACGCUGAAUGAGCAGACGGUGGCGCGCUCUGAACACGCACGCGACGAGCGCACGCUGGUCUUCACCAACCGGCCCCUGCGCACCGGAGAGACUGUCUUCAUCAAUGUCACUAAAUCCAGCCCGGCGCGUGCAGGCUCCUUGUCCUACGGCGUGACGUCCUGUGAUCCGGCGGUGCUGCAUCCCAGCGAUUUGCCAUACAAUCCGGAAGCUUUGGUGGACAGGAAGGAGUUCUGGGCCGUGUGUAGGGUGCCCACUCCUCUACAAAGCAAUGACAUUCUGGGCUUCUUGGUGAACCAGGAAGGGGAGGUCAUUCUCAGUCACAAUGGCACUAAUGUGGGCAUGCAGGUGUGUGUGGACAACUCCCGCCCACUCUGGAUGUUCUUUGGUCUUCACGGGGCUGUGUCUCAGCUGAGGAUUCUGGGCUCCACUCAUGCCGGAGAUCCACAGGCCACGUCAAACCCCAGUUCACCCUCCUCCUCCCCACACACGCCCAGCGCUCUGGGCAGUGGCAGCUCUGAUCCUGUCCUGAAUGGAGGCCUGUGCUCUGCUGCUUACUGCAGCUCUGCGGGGGGUACAACCCCGAGUUCACCAAUCAGCCUCCCCAAGUCUCCUACAUUCCCAUCAGGCCGUGGGCCUUGGUCUGAUGAGUGCUCCAUCUGUUAUGAGAACACGGUGGACACAGUCAUCUACGCCUGUGGACACAUGUGUCUGUGCUACACCUGUGGCCUCAAACUCAAGAAGAUGUCCAACGCCUGCUGUCCCAUCUGCAGGAGACAGAUCAAAGACAUUAUUAAGACCUACCGCAGCACGUAAGGUGGUGACGGCCUCAGGAGUCAAGGACGGACAUGCCCAAGUAAACUCAGUAUGAACUCUGUAACUUUGAUUUGUUAUUUUCAUACAAUUAUUGUAUUGUAUAUUGGAUUUGUUUCAUGACCUUUUUCCAAAGCUGGUACGGCUUCAUUGAGGUCUCUUUGACUUCAGAGUCAUCGUUACAGCCUCAGUAUGGAGGCAGCACUUGAAGUGGCCAUUAGUUUGGCUCAGAACUGUAUUGCCUGAGGUGUUUGCUCUCUCCUGAGAACUUUAAAUACUUUUUUGAGCCAUAUUGUAAAAAAAAAAAUCCAGGAUGAAGACCCAUUUGCACCAAAGCAGCUGAGUCUCUUUUGGGCUGAAUGUCUUGAUAACGGCUCUCUGUGUGGGUGAGUGAAGAAUAUCGUCAUCCCGGUGGCUAUUUGUGACUACAGCAGUCGAUAAAAAGCACAGCUGCAGCAGGUGAUGGGCUCAGGAUGUCACAACUUGUGUCUGUGUGUUACUGAGCAUUGGUUUGGCUUCGUACUGAUGGAUUUCUUUAAUCGUCAUGGUGAUUUUAUAGUAAGUGAUGUGACUAGAGAUGCAAGGUGGUAGGAAUGUAACACCUGUUGUACUUAUAAUCUAAUGUACCUUUAUGGUACUAUUGCGAAAGUCAGUAGUUGCUAUAUUGUUGUGCUAGCUAGCUAGCUGCUUGCUCUGCAGUGUAACAUGUUGACUGAAAUCAGCGCCGUCCUCUCAGAAACGCCCCUUUACAGAUAAGAGAGGACAAAGACAUUCACGUGGUCAAACUAUCCAACACUCUUUUGUCCAGCAGAAGCAGCAGCUCCUAACUCCUGAAAGGAAACAGGAAGUUGAAAAACAGCAGUUAUUUGAAUUCUCCUCAGGGCCGAUCGUAUGUGAAUAUUUUCCAGAAUUCAGCCUGGUGCACUGUGAUCACUCAAGACAAACAAACAGAUCCUCAAAAAACAGCUCACAUACGCAACUUAGUCAAAGGAUUGUUGCCAUGGCUUCAGGAAGCCACCACAGACAUGACUCAACCUCCUGCCUUAAUCGUACCCACCCCCAUGCAGUCACAAAAUGUUCACACAGACGUGAAAAAGCACACUGAUUUCUAGCUAUUUUUAUAACACAAAUCAAUGACAUUUAGAUAUUACACUGUAGAAAAGUAUUUGUGACAAGACUUUCACCAGCAAAACAGACUCUACAUGAAUCCAGUCAGGGGCAGAAGGGGGUUUUCAAAAGCUCAUAUUUUCAAUAUUAGUAAGAUUCCUUUAAUUCUAGUAUACAAUAUUAUGACACAUCCCACCCACUAAUUUCACAUGUAUGUUCUACAGUUCAGCAGUGAAGCCAUAGCUUAUGACAUACUCGAGCUGAGAGUCCACUUUUCUUUUCUAAUGACCUUGUUCUUCAUUGUGUAGAUAAUCAAACGAAUGGGGCUCAAACUCUUGCUGCUAUGAACGCUGACACACAUCCCUUCUCCCACAUUACUGUUUGAUUACGCUACUGCUUGAAGUGUUAAUUCACAUUUGAAUGUUAACUUAUGUAUUUAAAAUCAUUUUUAUCAGUGUGAUCAACUUGGGGAAAAAGUAAAAAAAAAACAAAAAAACUUUUGUCUGUGUUUUGUUUUUGGAUCAAUAGUCGUCAUCAUUCUAAGAUUAUUUUUUUAUUUUUUUUUUUUUUAGUUUAUUCAAAACCACAAGUUUCUAAAUGUAUUAUUGUGUCCUAACAGUGAGAACACGGAGGCUUUUUUCUUCUGCCUGGCGAUGUUGAUAGAUAUUGCAGUACACAAUCGAGACCUUGUUUAUUUCGGGUGAGAAAUAUAAACUUGUGGUUGUGUUUACAAUCCCUGAUUUGUAGGUCUUUCUUUAAUAUUUUGUAAGGUAUCUUUUUGUGUGUUAGGAAGCCCCUUUACCCUGCUCUGUACUUAUAGGGUGUAUCAUGAUAUAGACUGAAAGGUUAUGGUAAAUGUCACUUUAUAAAGCUACUGAUUGUAAUCUUGUAAAUGUUUUUGGCCAGUGGCGCUCUCCGAGAUUCACCUGUGGCGUGUUUUUAUUUUGUGCCGGCAGUUUGACCAAAUUGGGGAAAGAAUAUAUAUAUAUAUAUAUUUUGUAUAAAUGUUAUUCCCUUGUGCAAAAGCCUGUUUUUAUUUGUAUUUUUUUUACUGUAACAGCAUCACUUUUUGGUCAACAUCAUACACCAGGGGUGUCCAAACUACGGCCUGCGGACCGUGAGAUGUUAUUAUUUAUGGCCAGGUAGGGACUUGGGGGACUCAUCUCAUAUUAUGU